AUGCUAUUGCAUCGUUCACCCAUCACUCGCGAAUAUCUGUUUUCCACAGCUUUCACUUCUCCAAAUAUGAGUUUGAGCCAUAUGGAGAAUAUGCGUUUAAGCCAGUCAAGUCCUCAAGGAGCACAGAGAUCAUCCUGGAAGCCAUGGCUCCUCUGCUCAGCCACAGUGAUGAUGCUAUUGCUUUGCUCCUUCAGUAUCAUUUUUACUUUUCUCCCACUCAAGGCUGCUAGUGAGCCCUGUGCAGCUAAGUUUGGACCGUUACCCUCAAAAUGGCAAAUGACAACUGCUAAACCUCCUUGUGUGAAUAAGUUAUCUGAUUGGAAGCUGGAGAUACUUCAGAAUGGCUUAUAUUUAAUUUAUGGGCAAGUGGCUCCUGAUGCAACCUACAAGGGUGUAGCUCCUUUUGCGGUGCAGCUGUGUAAAAAUGAAGACAUGAUACAAAUUCUAACCAACAAUUCUAUAAUCCAAAAUGUAGGAGGGACUUAUGAAUUGCAUGCUGGAGAUAUAAUACACUUGAUGUUCAAUUCUGAAUAUCAGGUUCUAAAAAAUAAUACAUUCUGGGGGAUCGUUUUACUAGCAAAUCCCCAAUUCAUUUCCUAGAGACUUGAUUUGGUCUCUUCAUCCUCUUUAGCCUGUGCAGAAUUGCCGGUGGAUGGGUUGGAGGGGACAGAUUUUGAAUGCCUACAGUCUGUCUGGGCAUACAAAUCAACACAAACAGAAGUCUUCUGCAUGUGAAUUUUCUUCUCUCAUGCUUAUCUGAAAGAGACUCAGAAGAAAAACAAAAGACUUUGAUUACCCCUGAUAUCAGGGCUGCAAUGAUAUUUCAUUAAUCAAUGAUAGAAGAAUAGAGGACAGAAGUUCUUCAAAGAAUCAUUGUCUAAUCCUUGAGUCCCUGGAUGGAAAGAAAUGAAGUCCUAUUCCCAUGGAAGCUUUAGCUGGUAUGCAUAAAUGAUCCAGGGCAGUAGCCUGGCCUUGUUUUCAAGUUCUUGGGCUGCUUUAUUUCAUUCUUCCCAUAUUCUCAUCUUCUGAGACUCUCCUAAUAAAAAGUAGUCAGACUGGUAUGGUGGCCCCAGAUAUGCCAGCAACACCCUAUUUUAGAAGUAAUGACGCUAGAAAAUAGAGAACACUUGAGGAAUUAUUGGCAUAGAGACAUAGGUGGCAUGAAAUGGAAUAUACAUCAUCUGGGAAUUUCUCUUGGUUUCAUCAUACUCAAGAUGCAAGGUGCUUUAUAAAACUAGUUGAUCAAAGGGGUCAUUCUGAAUCUUCACCCACGGCUUCAUGAAAACUCAUUAUUUGUUUGUGUGCAUAAGCAUUGCUAAUUGUAAAGGAAGUAUAACCAUCAGUAAUCAUUAGAUUUAACUCCAGAAAUUGGUAUUAACAUUAUUAUGGUAGUAACAUAUAUUAUGUAAUGAUUUCAUAUUUUUAGAUGGCUUUCCAUAGUUUGCAAAAUGCUUUUGUAUAUUUUGUAGCAACUCUACAAAGUGAAUGAGCAGGUAUUUUUGGGAAAAUUUUGACUUUGAGAAUAUGGAACCAGAUAGAGCACAGGCAACUUGCCUCAACUCAUGGAACAAGUGACUAACAGGCUAUGGGCUUUGCACUGUAACACACUGUCUCAACUUUAGAACUGUUAUUUACAUCUGCUAUCACGUCAUGAAUCUGUACAAUUGACCAAACUCAAUUUUCGGGGAACAUAUUCCCCUUCAGCCUGACGUGGGUAGGGUGAAGCUACAACUGAUUCUGCCUUUACUAGCAAAUUUCUCUUCCUUUCACUACCUGGAGCGGGAAGCCCCAGGGUGGUGCUCAGGGCUUCCCCCAACCAAUCCCCUUCCUCACUUUGAAGAGCCCAUCUCAGUCAAAUGUGCUAACUUUUAAAAAUAGUGAAUAGCACUGAAUUCAAAUGUUUAGGACUCUGUUAAAUCAGCUA